GAGAAGAGCGAGAGGAGCGAGAGGCCCCUAGAGUUUCGUGGCGACAAAAAUCCCCGAGAGCGACAGCCCGCCGGGCCGGAGAGGCGCCUCCCAGCCCGAUGUAACCCACGCACCCGGCCCGAGCCCCGGCCCUGCGCGGCGGGCGGCGAAACUUCUCUGCGGGCUCUGACGCUGGGGCACCGGCCCCGCAACGACUGCCCGGGCUGCGGGUAGGGAAGGCAAGCAAAGGACGCCCAGGGUGAUGUGAGCAGAGCUCAGGAAUGCCUUAUGUGGAUCGGCAGAACCGAAUCUGUGGGUUUCUGGACAUCGAGGAGAAUGAGAACAGCGGCAAGUUUCUGCGGAGGUACUUUAUUCUGGACACGCAGGCCAACUGCCUUCUCUGGUACAUGGACAAUCCCCAGAACCUGGCCAUUGGUGCUGGAGCUGUGGGAUCUUUACAGCUGACCUACAUCUCGAAGGUGAGCAUAGCCACCCCAAAGCAGAAACCCAAAACUCCAUUUUGCUUUGUCAUCAACGCCCUCUCUCAGAGGUAUUUUCUUCAAGCCAAUGACCAGAAGGAUCUGAAGGACUGGGUCGAAGCUCUGAACCACGCCAGCAAAAUCACUGUACCCAAAGGUGGGAACCUGCCACUGACGACCGAAGUUCUCAAAAGCCUAACAGCUCCUCCGGCCGUAGAGAAGAAGCCACAGGUUGCCUACAAGACGGAGAUCAUUGGAGGGGUGGUGGUCCACACACCCAUUAACCAGAAUGGCGGGGAUGGGCAGGAAGCCAGUGAGCCAGGCUCACACGCCAUCCUUCGAAGAUCUCAGAGUUACAUCCCCACAACAGGCUGCCGAGUUCCCACUGGGCCCCCCCUCAUUAAGAGUGGCUACUGUGUGAAGCAAGGGAAUGUGCGAAAGAGCUGGAAACGGCGCUUCUUUGCACUGGAUGACUUUACCCUUUGCUACUUCAAGUGCGAGCAGGACCGAGAACCACUGCGGACCAUUUUCCUCAAGGAUGUUCUCAAGACCCACGAGUGUCUGGUCAAGUCUGGCGAUCUCCUGAUGAGGGACAACCUGUUCGAAAUAAUAACAAGCUUCAGGACCUUCUAUGUGCAGGCGGACAGCCCGGAGGACAUGCACAGCUGGAUUAAGGAGAUCGGGGCAGCUGUCCAGGCUCUCAAAUGCCACCCCAGAGAAAUGUCCUUUUCUAGGUCCAUUUCUUUGACCCGCCCUGGAAGCUCCAGCCUCUCAGGGGGGUCCAACUCUGUCUUAUGCAGAGGGCGGCUGCCCGGGGAGGAGAGGAAGGCCCUCUGCAAAGCCCCCUCCGUGGCCUCCUCCUGGCAGCCCUGGACACCUGUCCCCCAGGCUGGGGAAAAGCCACCUCCCACUGAAGAGAUGCCCGAGGACUCUUUGUUCGCACCUCGGCUUGGGGAGACCAGUACUUCUGGGGCACUAGCCAGCUCCCGGAUCCGGCACCGAUCAGAGCCCCAGCACCCCAAGGAGAAGCCAUUUGUGUUCAACCUUGAUGAUGAGAACAUUCGGACCUCUGAUGUGUGAUGAGGCAUGGUGCCCUGGCAAGGGUUGGGGGGAACUCAGACACGGGGCCAGGACUCAGUUUCUCACCUGUUGGAGGACAGCCAGGGGCCUUCCCAACAUGCAUUUCCCCAUGGAACUCUGUGUGAGAGGCCGGUCCAGCUGGCUUAACUAUAUAUAUAUAUAUAAAUCUA